AUGUCCAGCUCCCCCACUACCAUGGAGGACUUCAUCCGGAGCAAGCUGCAACCAAGCGGCAGCUGCAUCAUUUGCACCGACCCUUUCAGCGCAGACCACCAACCCGUCGCACUUCAGUGUCACCACAUUUUUGGCCAUAAUUGCAUCAAGAAAUGGCUGCACAGCGGCCGCGGCGCCAACAACAGCUGUCCUGUCUGUCGCCGCGAGGUCUACGCUCCCUCCGACUCCCAAGCCUUCACCUCCGCCUCCAUCUGGACCGCGCUUUGUGCUUCGUCUCCCAACCGCAUCCACGCCUUUAUGAUCGCGCUGUGGUCUUGCGUCACAGCGCUCUUCGCGGAUGAUCCCACCGGCAACUUCACUAUUUGCGACCUUCUUGGACAAGCUGUCAUCCCCGCUCUAUCAAAAAUCGCAGGUGCCCGCGGCGCAUUUCACGACUGCCACGCCCUCAUUCUCUCAAGCUGGAACUCUCUCGGCCGCCCAAACACCGCGUCCGGCCUCGCUAUCCCGCUUGUCCGCCUCGCGCGCAUGAUGACGCAGACCUCAGGCAUCCUGCCAAAGUGGAUCACCACCGUUCAGCGCACCUCGCUGCUCUUCUGGCGCGCGAACACCUGCCUAGGCACAACCUCGCUCGACAUCUCCUGGGCGCAUCUUCGCGAGGCCGCACACCUCACCAACCCCCGAUAUUUCCCAUUACUGCAUCUGUAUACGGUUCUUCUGAGCCAGAACAUCGUGCACUCCCGACCCACGCACGCGGGUCCGACUCGGACCCAGAUCCUAGACCGCUGCUGCAACAAGAUCGGCGGCGGCUGGGCCGGCCAACCAUCGGAGGCGUUUAAGGAGAGCGUAGUCGGUGUGUACGACGAGUUGCGGCGGCACCAGCUAGACGAGAAGCGGAUUAGCUUGCGGGGACAUGAGGAGGAGAAGGGUGUGGUCACUGGGCUCUGGGCAAUGGCAGGCUGGCGAAGGGAAGAUGGGGGAAAGGGGAAGCCCGUGAUAGAGUUAAGGAAGAAGGUGUCUGGUGGGUGGAGCGACUGA